AUGGUGCCUCCUGUCCCCUUUAGGCCCCCCAGCAGUGACGAGGAUGGCCCCGUGCUGCCCGACCCCACGCCCGACCUGCUGCUGGGCACGGACCCCCCAGGGGACCCUGCAACAACACCCCCCAGAGAUGGCUCCUUCACCCCUCCUCCUGCCCCCCCAGUCCUUUCCGAGGCGGGCGAGGAGGAGGAGUGGGAGGCCGUGACCACCGUCUGUAGCAGCAUCCUGGAGACUCUGGCCAGGGAGGGGCAGCACAUGCCGGAGCUAUGGGAGCCCCCCGCAAGUGGCAAUCAGAGCGUCCCUGAGGAAGAAGCUUUAUCCAGCAGACGCAGAACCUUUCUCCGGCCCCUUGUGACUUGCUGAUGCACUAUUUCCCCGGACGGGCACCCUGGCAACGGGCCCUGUCUAGACUAUUUGCAUCACUGAGGUUUCCCCCUUGAGGAAGUUGCCAUGCACGGGGCUGGACCUUGAGGGGGAACUGGUCAGGACCCUGCCUGCAAAACAGGGGAGCCCCGGCUGGAUGGGGCGACAGGGAAGGGUCUAGGAGCCUUGGGAGAUCCCAGAUGUCCUCGGGGGUCUGCAGUUCCAGGCAGCUGCGCAGAAGGGCAAGGCGGCUUUGGGAUGUAUCAGUAGGAGCAUUGAUGCAUCCCUCCAUCCAUCCACCUUGUCCACCCAUCCCUUCAUCCAUCCAUCGACGCACCUCAUCCAUCCAGCCCUCCGUCAACCCACCUCAUCCAUCCGUCCUUCCCUCCAUCCACCCACAUCCAUCCUCAGCUAGAGCUCUGGGCAGCUUUGGGCUCCGUAGGAGGAGCGGUGCCAGCAGAUCGAGGGCAGUGAUUCUUCCCCUCUGUUUGGCACGGGGGAGGCCACAUCUGGAGUCCUGUGUCCAGCUGUGGCCCCCCACUAC